AACGAAGGCGCCUGCGGGCGGCGGGACUUCCGGCGUCACCUUAGCGGUGCUCCCCUCGCGGCCGUGGGCCGCGACCAGCACCUGGAGAGCCGCGUCGCGGAGGAGAGGGCCAGGGCCCCGCGUCGCGCCUGUGCACGCGCCGCGGCUCUCGGGAAUGACUCCAUCUUCCUGAGACGUGGUGUCGCCCGCUGCGGAACCGGCGCCGGAGGGUCAGGGCCUCCCGCAGGCGGCUCCCUGGUCUUUGGGCACGUUUUACACGGGGGGAGACCUAGCUUCGAAGGCUCCCCGGUCGGCCGGAGGUUCCUGCGCCCAAGGCGGGGUGGCAGGUACGGAUCUGAGCUGAGUAGGCCGAAAUUCGGCGCCUUUCGCGGCCAAGCUCCGCCAACAGCUUCCGAUGGCCGAGGAGGCGCAGGGCCUGGUGACCUUUGAGGAUGUGGCUGUGUAUUUCUCCCUGGAGGAGUGGAGGCUCCUUAAUCUGAGCCAGAGGGGCCUGUACUGUGACGUGAUGCUAGAGAACUUUGAACUUAUUGGCUCGCUGGGAUCUGCACUUUCAAGGUGCCGCGUGGCUGCCCAGCUGGAGAGGGAAGAAGAACUCUGGGUGCCCGACAUGGCGGACCCGACUCCGCUCAGCAGAGCAGAGGCCAGGAGGGAACCUGGUUGUCCGUGUAGACUGGAGGAUGGGGAAGCCCCUACAGGGGAGAGGAGGAGCUACGGCGUCCGCCUGGCAGAGAAGCCCUUGGUGCGGGGGGCAUCUGGGAUGGACGUGCUUCCCACGUUCGGUCUUCGCCAGCCCCACACCGCCCACAGCACGGGGCGGCCGCACAGGAGCCCGGGGCACGGGGAGGCCUUGCAGCCCAGCUCCGGGUGCCGCCAGCAGCCGGGAGUCCUCGCUACACAGGAGGCCUUCAAGUGCAGUGACUGCGGGAAAGCCUUCUCGAAAGCCUUUGCUCUCCUUGACCACCUGGUAACCCACCCCCAGGAGAGACCCUUUAGAUGUCCAAAAGGUGGAAAUGCCUCCAAGGAGAAAUCCACCCGUGUUAAUUGCCCAAAAAUUCGCACUAGAGAAACAUCCCAUGUGUGCACUGAGUGCGGAAAGUCCUUCCGUUAUCCCUCUAAACUGAGGAAGCACCAGAAGGUUCACAUGGGCAUAAAACCUUUCAAGUGUGAUGAGUGUGGCAAAACCUUUAACCGCAAAGACGCACUCAUUCUGCACCAGAGGAUUCACACUGGAGAAAGGCCUUAUGAGUGCGGCGAGUGUGGGAAGAACUUCAGCGUUCUGUCCACUCUCAUUCGGCACCGGAGAGUUCACAUUGGAGAAAGACCCUAUGAGUGCAGGGAAUGUGGGAAGUUCUUUAAGUACAGCCAUAGCUUCAUUCUUCAUCAGAGAGUUCACACUGGAGAGAGGCCUUAUGAGUGCAAGCAGUGUGGGAAAGCUUACGUGACCCGCUCGGGCCUCUAUCAGCACUGGAAAGUUCACACUGGAGAGCGGCCCUACGAGUGCAGCCUGUGUGGGAAGACCUUCACCACCAGGUCGUACCGCAAUCGGCACCAGCAGUUCCACACUGAAGGGCGGUCCUAUGGGUGUGCAGAAUGUGGGAAAGCCUUCAAACAUAGUUCCACCCUUCUUCAGCACAAGAAAGUGCACGCUGGAGAAAGGCCGUAGGCAGACGGGGGCUGGCGCCUCGUUCAACACGAAGGACCUCGUCCAGAAAGGAGAGGAGAGUGACCGUUUGAAAGCUAAACCGGACACGCCCCGCACAGGCCCUGGGGUGGCAGGUGCGUGGGAGGCUUUCAGGAGGUAGGUGGCCCCUGGACCUGCCUCGGCUGUUGGCAGGGCUGUCACUGCCAGUUUCUGUGACAUAAGCCAUCCCACCUGCACCACCCGGCAGGCGCCCCAGGGGCGUGUCAGGCACCGCAGUGCACACUCGUACAGUGGGACCUCUGUGGUGCCCACGGUGAGUGGCGGAGCCCAUCGUGGGCCUCAUUUGCUCCCUCCAGCUGGUUCCGGUGUGUCAAGAGUAGCUGAGCUGUGUCUACUGGGGGAUUCCAGGGAAGACUAAUCGUUCCCAUGGACGCGGUUUACGCUACACAUGGUGCCUGUCAUGGACUGAUCCAGCCCUGGAACUAUCUCACGCUUCCCUGGAAUGUAUGGUAAUAAAAGUUUUACUGUUUAAGCCAGCUCUAAUAUUGGGGGCUCUGGUCACUGUAUGUGAAGGGAUUGAGAACGAAACUGGGCUCGUGCGUAGAGACUGGCGUCUGUGGUAAGGAGUCCCUGACUUUUGUUGCCUUACUGGAGGUAGCAGGAUGUUCACCUCAUGGCCGUCACCCUGGUCCCGAAAGAAUGAAGAUCUUGUGGUCCUGGGAUGUGGCCAGUGUUCCUGGUGUCUCUGCACACUAUGGGCAUUCAUUGUCUGGCUGCCAGGGUCCCAGGGCGCAAAGGAAAGAUGUUGUUGAAUCAACAUAUGGGCCCAUAUCCUCUGGUUUAUGGGGUCUUUUGACUUAAAAAGUUUGGAAACUAAUUUCCCAAAAGGUCAAUAAAAUGUCAGUUCAGCAAAA